AUGUUACAAGGACUCGAAGCUGGAGGGCAUGUCAUUGGUCAGGAUGGAUUAAUCACAUUAUUGCCGAGAGUGGUGGAUCUCGUUCAAGGUCAUGAUAUUCCUGUAAUAGCCGCUGGGGGUAUAGUGGACGAGCGCGGUUAUGUCGCUGCUCUCGCCCUUGGGGCCCACGCAGUUGCUAUGGGCACAAGGUUCCUAGCAACAGAGGAAAGCUAUGCUCACCCAAUAUACAAGGCGAAGUUGGUUGAACUACAAAAAACCGAGUACACGGACGUGUUUGGGCGCGCAAGAUGGCCCGGCGCACCUCACCGCGUCCUAACAACUCCCUUCUUCAUGGACUGGAGGACCCUUCCAAGUGACGUGAAUGAGAGCAAUCAGCCAAUCAUUGGCCGGUCGGUCAUACACGGAGUGGUCGCGUCUCGGGCGUCACGGGUGGCGGGCUGGUCGCGGCGGAGCUGGCCUAGUUGUGGCGGUCCUCCGAUCGGCGUCGCGGCUGGUCCGACUCACUUGGCUGGUCCGGUUCGCAGGCUCGGGUUGACGGAGCUCGACCUUUAG